AUGGGUUAUUUCAACACGGUUACGUCGAGUGCCAACGGUGCUCGUGUGGACGAUUCCCCGGUCAGCGGCGGGGGUCUCAGGUGUCCUCUCAUUCCAGUCCGGGGAAUUAUUUCUGUUCGUUUUCACCUCUUCACUCGUAUUAGAACCCUCUAGUUCCUUUGCCACUUUCAGCUUGUCUCUGCUCUGCAGAGAUAGCCUUUUUUGUGCUUUGGCCUGCUGGUGUUUCCGAGUUGCUCGGUGUUUUGGAUGUGAGGACAUGUCCGAAGGAGUAUUUUGGAUUAACUUUGCUUAUCGGCUAUGUAAUCUUUGAAUCGUAUCAAUUUUCGUGAUUGAUGGAAAAUGAUUUCAGAUUUAUCCAAUUUAUCUUUCGUUAGCCUUUUUUUUAACGAUUUCCAGCAGGAUCAUAUCGUAUCCGAGAGAGGUGAAUUUUCAUUUGUAUUUAAUGUAUAUUCUUUGCUUUGUUUUUAUGUUCAUGCUAUCUAGCAGAUGAUACUAGCCAUUCCUUUACCAGUCAGGGAUAAAGCGACUAAUACUGUAAUUUUGAAUGACGUUUAUCAUGCUUGGAGAAUUCACAACUUCAACUUUUAAAGAUGCAUUCGAUUUGACCUUCGUUUGAAGCAAACCUUUUCUAAUGGAUCGAGAACUACAAAACUGAUUUUUACAAAAAAAAGGAAGGCAGAAUGACUACAAAAUGAUAUUAUCCAUUGGUUAGUGGAAUGUGGGAUUUAUUCACUGACCACAUUCUCUCUAUUUGACAGUCAGAAUGGAAAGUUUAGCUAUGGAUAUGCAAGCUCUCCUGGGAAGAGAUCGUCAAUGGAGGACUUCUAUGAAACAAGAAUUGAUGGAGUAGAUGGAGAAAUUAUUGGUCUUUUUGGUGUAUUUGAUGGUAAUACUCUUAUGACCAGGCUGUUGAAAACUAGAUACUUGUUUAUAUAUUUCAUGAUCCCAAUCAAUGAUUUGUCAGAGUGAACUUUCUUUUAGUCAUUGUGUCUUUAUUAAUACUUAGAAAAGAGGCUUAUCGGUUUUCUAUGCAUUACUUGUACAUUUUUUACCCCAACGUUUCGAAGUAUGUACAGCAGAGAUUUAUUGACGAUUCUAAAAAUUUCUGUUAUACUCAGGCCAUGGAGGUGUCCGUGCAGCAGAAUACGUUAAACAAAACCUAUUCAGCAAUUUAAUAAGGCAUCCAAAGUUUAUUAGUGAUACAAAAUCAGCAAUAGGUAUUUUCUUUUCACAAAUAUAGAAGAUAAUUUUCCUCAAUAUUCUUUGGUUUAUUUAUUUUCUAUGUUGAAAAGAUUUAGGUGAAAUUCUCUUUAUUUCAAGAAUAAAGCCUUAGGUUCUGUUGUUCGACAGUGGAUGCAUACAAUCAUACAGACUCCGAGUUCUUGAAGUCUGAAGUUAGUCAGAAUAGGGACGCUGGCUCCACUGCUUCAACUGCCAUUUUAGUUGGCGACCGUCUACUAGUUGCAAAUGUUGGAGAUUCAAGGGCAGUUGUCUGUAGAGGUGGCAAUGGUAACUUUCAUUGAUCUCCCACUUUCCAUUUUGUUCCGAAUGAUGACGGCAUUGUUGCAUGAUCUUGAUUCACUGUUGAAAUUUUUCAUAAUUUUUAGUUUGAAUGACUAAGAUAUUGGGCUGUGGGCUCUGAAUACAGGAGGUAGUUUUACUAUGCCUUGAGGUAUUUGAAACUAGACACGAACUUCAUGUUAAAUGUUUUCCCUUUGGAUGGUAAUUAUAGUAAAUUACGACAUCAGACACUUUCGUGAACCUAUCCUUGAUGCCAGAGUGCAACAUCUGAGUCUAUGGUAAAAGCACAACUUGUUGAUGAACUAUGUAGAUUGUUACCUUUGUGAUGUGAUUAUUUACUGAAUAAUUUUUUCUAUAAUAUACUUUAUACUAGUUUUUAAUCUUUUGUAUUCUAGAUUUCUGAUGCUUAAUUUCUAUGGGAUUUGGACAAAGACAUCUUUUCCAGUUGAGUACGUCCUGCCCAUUGCAAUAGGAGAUAUUAGGUUGGUUCCACUCGUACUGCACAUUUUUUUUCUGCAACCUUCUACCUUAUGCACCUUUUUGUGCGGGCAACAUUGCGAGCACAAAAGUAAGGCACAGAAAGUAAUGAGUCAUUUCAAUAUCAUACGAUCCAUUUUGAUUGAGGCCUUUCUUUUUUCAAAAAGAGUUGUCGUUCCCUCUUAGUCCAAAACUCUGGCUUCCCAGCACGAAGCAGUAUCCGUAUCUUGUGCCUGCAUGGGUGCAUUAGAAACUUUGCACUUCAUUCUGAGGCUCUUAGAAGAGAUCAGCAAAUUUGGUACAUAGAGCUUAUUUUUCGAGUGUCAGUUUUGCAUACAACAGAGGCUUACAAUCGAUAUGUCUGUAAAAUUUCAACCGAUAGGAAUUGGGGGUAGGGAUCUUAUCCUGUCAGAAAUUGCAUUUUCGACACGUUAGGGUUCAUCUGACUGAAUAAUGAAUGGUAAAGCUCUCUUCUCCUUGGUUAAAUCCCCUUAGCAACAUGAAUCUGCCCUUAGCAGUGUAUUUUGCCUCGUCAAGAACAACUCCUCUUCUUCACUUCUUUGUCAUCUCUUAACAGGAGCUCGUCGUUGUUAUGGGAUUAUUUAUGGGUUAACAUUAAGCUCAAAGUGGAUGAAAUCAUCUCAUGUUGCCAAUGCAAGGAUCAUUAUUUCCAUAGCCUGAGCUGUGAAGUCACGAUGGAAGUUGGUAACAAAAGCAUCCUCAUUGAUGUGAUGCAAGAUUACUUAUGACUUAUUAUUAGCUUUUCAACUCAAUCGUGGAUAGAUUUUGAUGCCAAUGUAUUAUGGUUUCUCCUCAGCCCGUGUAGGAUUCUGAGAAAAGAUUAAUCAUGGCUCCUCAGGGCUUUCUCGCCAUGAUGUAGGUUUCAGAUAGGAUUCCCCAGAAUGUGUGUCUCCGCCUUCUGUCGUCAUCUCCUUCAACUCUUUGACUUGAGGCCUCUACCUCUCCAGCUGCAUCAGAUUUGAUCUCCAAGUCGCUCAAUCUUGGCAGCAGAAUUGUGCCAGUCAAAAUCGCCAACCGUGUCUUGACUUUUUAUGAUAAUUUUGCUUCAUUCCUUGAGCGAUGCCGGUCCAUCAUCGCCAUUCCCCGUUUGAUCACUGACCACAGAUGAAGACUGACUCUCUCUCUCUCUCUCUCUCUCAUGGUGGACUCACCCUCUUGCUCUCUUCCCAUCCUCAAAAGGCAGUGCCCACAGAUGGAGAGCACGCACGCUCCGGCACUCUCACAGAUGUCUAUUUUUAUACGUUGACUUGUCCGCGUAACGAAAAUAUAUAACCUUUUCUACUGUAGCGUGCGUGUUCGUCAACUGUCGGUAAUGGUUGGUUAAUUUUUUUGCCAUGAAAUCUAAUCCCGCAGCGAUCGCCGUCUCCCGCGACCACAAGCCCGACCAGAGCGACGAGAGGCAGCGGAUCGAGGAGGCCGGAGGAUUCGUGAUGUGGGCCGGUACGCCGCCAGCCCGCCCAACCACCCGCAGAGGCCGCAUUGUGUUUGCUCCUCAACCUCGCUGACCAGAGUGCGCCAUUCUUUCCCCUGCAGGAACAUGGAGGGUCGGCGGCGUCCUCGCGGUUUCCCGGGCCUUCGGCGACCGGCUCCUGAAGCAGUACGUCGUCGCCGACCCAGAGAUCCAGGUGAGAAGAAAACCCUAAAGAUUCCCCCUUUCCAGCCUGCCGAGCGGCGGCAGCGGGCUGGGAGCUCCUCCUCUGUCUGACCGGCGGCGGCGGACCCGUGAGAUUAUUGCAGGAGGAGGUGGUCGACAGCUCCCUCGAGUUCCUCAUCCUGGCCAGUGACGGCCUCUGGGACGUCGUCUCCAACGAGGUGCGGUGCCCGGAAAACCCUGGAAAACCUUCCCGUUGACCCGCGGACCGUUGACCUAACCCGGUGUGUGCUGCUGCAGGAGGCCGUGGCGAUGGUGAAGCCCAUCGAGGACCCGGAGGCUGCGGCGCGGCGGCUGAUGGAGGAGGCCUUCCAGCGGGGGAGCGCCGACAACAUCACCUGCGUCGUCGUGCGCUUCCUGGCCUGGCAGGGCGGAGGCGGCAGCGGGAGCUCCUCCCAGUGA